CGUCGAAUUCCACCCCAAGGCGAAGCCGCCCCAGAUGGAGUCCACCAGUCACAUCCCAGCACGCUCAACUUCCGUCACCCCAGGUCUCACUUGUGUCUCUCCACGCCCUCUAAAAGAGCAUCGGACUGAAAAAGGUCCGUCUUCAUCGCCGGUGUCAGACUCUAAUCAGCAGUGUCACGACGAACAAAUCCGCCGCAAUUCUGCAUUUCUCGAAGUUGGACUUGGUGGUAACGAUGCUAUUGUCGACGCAAAAUUGAGACGAGCCUCACGUCCAAAACUGCAGGUUCGCUUUCGAAGCAAAGUCGACAUUGUCGAACCUGAGGAUACCGACCAGUUCGACCCAGAUCCAACUGCCUCGUGUGCUCCAGAGGCAAUGCCCGCUUUUUUUCCGACCUUGCCUAGGCUCCUGUUCCUGGUUCUUGCUAUCGUCCUCAUCAUCCCUAGCCUUCACACCUCUCCAUUAUUAAAAGUCGACGCAAAUCCCGUCUCCUCUACGUUUGGCCUAAAUGACGGGCUGCGACAGAUAUCAGGUCGGAAGGAAGCACUUCUACCUAAAAUAGAAGAGAGACAAGACACCUCAACGACGGUCUGUAAGAGAUGGGCUGCACAGAGCGCUUUGGUAAAUGGAACUCUGUACUAUUAUGGAGGCCGAUCCACAAGCUCCUCCUCGCAGACGUCAGAUACCUGGAACAAUGACUUCCUGAGCCUCGAUCUUACCACGUCCUGGCAGAUUUCCACUCCUGCUCUAACAGCUUUACCUCGCCCAAGGGGGCCUCCCGCUGUCUCCCUCGGCUAUCUCUGGCAUUCAUACGAUGCAUUAUACCUUUAUGGUGGACAGUUUUCUGACAAUCCUGUCGCUGAACCGGAUCCGUUUUCCACCUGGAUGUGGGAUAUCGCGACAUCAUCCUGGUCGGAACUGGACGAGCCACGUACAGCUGAAGGUGAACAUUCCGAGCCCGCCAACCAGCCGGUCCAGCGAUCUGCCGAAGGUGCGGGGGCUUCUGUGCCUGGCCUUGGUCGUGGUUUCUAUUUUGGUGGUCACCUCGACGGCUAUACAACGCCUGGCUGGUCACAAUCCAUCGCACGUGUGUAUCUGCGAGGGUUGCUCGAGUACACUUUUCCAGGCUAUCGCAAUCCAUCAGUAAGUAGCGGCGCCGCGGCAGGGGCUGAUGGCAUCUAUCGAAACAUCACCCAAGGAGGGAUUCAGGACUCGGAUGGAUUUCCUGAACGUGCCGAUGGCAUUCUUGUUUACGUGCCUGGAUACGGCGACUCAGGUGUGCUCUUGGGACUGGCUGGGGGCACCAACGCAACCUUUACGCAAAUGAAUGUGAUUGAUAUCUACGACAUUGCAUCCUCGACCUGGUAUAAGCAGGCAACAUCAGGACCCACACCCGACAUCCGUGUGAAUCCAUGUGCCGUGGCCGUUUCAGCCGCUGACGGCAGCUCAACCCAAGUUUACAUGUACGGUGGUCAGAACCUCAUCCCCUAUGGUGAGCAGAUUCAGUAUGACGACGUGUGGAUCUUGACCAUCCCAUCAUUUACUUGGAUCGAGGUGGAUACCUCGGAUCAGUCUACACCUCCAGCUCGUGCAGGACAUUCGUGCGAAGUAUGGAAUUCGCAGAUGAUCGUUGUAGGUGGGUACGUGGGACAGGAUCUCUCGUGCGAUAGUCCCGGCAUCUACGUGUUCAACACCAGUUCCCUAAGUUGGCAGAAUACUUACAAUGCAUUGGAGACCGAGGAUGAUUUGAAUCGGCCUGAGAGCCAACGGGAUGAUCCUCUCGCACUUCAGGGAUCAUAUGGAUAUGCCGUUCCCCAACAGGUUCAAUCAGUUAUCGGAGGAAAUGCUGUUGGGGCGGCCACAGUGACAUCACCUGCCCAGACGGCAACGGAUGGACCGAUGGCCACGGGUGCACCACGAACAUACACAGUGACUAACAGCGAUGGAUCUGUGGCAACCCAGACAUCGGCAUCGAAUGGAGGAUCAGGAGAAGGCGGAAAUGAAACUUCUUCGAGCGGGCCCAACACUGGAGCCAUAGUUGCGGGGGUUAUUGCUGGAUGUCUGGCGAUCCUGGCAGGAUAUCUGGGAUUCUGCGUGUGGGUGUAUCGACGGCAGUUGCAGAUCUACAAGAACCACAGCACCAUGUCCCAGCAGCAACAAUCGGAUCCCCGGUGGGCUGGGGGAGGUUUUGCGGCUGGCGGUCAGCUAAGCAAGGAGGAGAAGAGCCAGUCGAGUGGAAGUCGGACGAGCGCCGACAACCGCAGCGGUCACGAGACUAAUUCGACGGGGGCGAGAGCGAAUCCUCUGGCAAGCAACAACCCUUACAGAACUGUGCCGGGUGGUACAGGCUCGGCAACAGCAGCCAGUAGCACCGAGAAUCUUAUGGCUGGACAAGAGCCGAGUUUCCUAGGAGUGUUCUUGAACCCUCGUCGAAGUUUGCGGGUGGUGAAUCGGGACUGAGACUGUAUGAAAUUGUGGAUGAAGAAAUGAAGAGCCCUCUCAACAGGCUGGGAGGGCACUCGGACGAGAAAAAUGCGAUUUUAGGAAGUCUGCGAGAAGACUAGGCCCUGGUCUCUGGCAGACUCAGCUCGCUGGUAAACAGGGAUUUUUGAUGAAUUUUGGAUAUACCCAAAUAGUUAGUCACGGCGAGCGUAUUGAUUGGCGACGCCAUUGCAAGGAGUUAUAUAAUGGCAGGACGGAUCUCCUAGUAGGUCGACAAGGCAGUCAAUACGAAAUGGGAUUUUUUCACGCGC